AUGGCAGCCACGGACGCCAAGGUCUUCAAGACUCGAAUUCUACCGGUCAACACCAGGGAACUGGGGCGUUUCAGGGACAUCGAGACCCUCGAGACAUGGGAACUGCAAGCCGACGAAUCCAAACUCGCGGCACUUCACGAAGCCGCCCAACACCUCAAGUCGAGUAGCAUACCCGUCGGCUUCCCGACUGAAACGGUAUACGGUCUAGGAGCCGAUGCGACAAGAAGUGAGGCCGUCAAGGGGAUCUACAAAGCCAAGGGCAGGCCAUCAGACAAUCCGCUCAUCGUCCAUGUCUGCGAUCUCACCAUGCUGCGCUCACUCCUGGGGCCAUCUAUGACGGAAGAUCCUAUACCAGAGAUUUACAAGCCACUUAUCAAGCGUUUCUGGCCCGGUCCUUUGACCAUCCUCCUCCCGAAUCCGAAGCAGAGUAAAUUAGCUUCUGAAGUCACGGCUGGUCUGCCUACAUUUGGGGCGCGAAUGCCAAAGUCACCUCUUGCGCUCUCACUCAUCUACCUUGCUGGUGCCCCACUUGCGGCUCCAUCUGCGAAUGCGUCCACGAAGCCAUCUCCGACUACCGCGGAGCAUGUACUCUACGACCUUGAUGGGAGGAUUGAGGUCAUACUUGAUGGUGGACCUUGUCAAGUUGGGGUUGAGAGUACGGUUGUAGAUGGGCUUUGUGACCCGCCAGUAGUGCUGAGACCGGGAGGAGUCAGUAUUGAUUCGAUCCGGGAGUGUGAGGGCUGGGGAGCAGUAGUGAGAGGAUAUAAAGAUCAAAGCGAAGUUGGUGGGACGAGUGCACCCAGAGCCCCUGGGAUGAAAUACAAGCACUACAGUCCUAAGGCCAAAGUCGUGCUCUACGAGGCUUCCUCCAUGAAGGAUAUGGAACCUGGAGGGGCGCACUCUGGCAUCUCAUCUGAGGUUUCCAGGAUCAUCGCUGCUAAGGGUAAAACGUUGGAUCACCUAGGAUAUGACAUUUUGGAUAGGCUACCGAAUAUCGGGAUCGUGAGCACUAAAACCUGGAGUAGCUGGGCUGGACUCGAUCUCGUUCGGUCGAGCGCUACAGAACCUUCAAUUCUCGGAAAGUCAUGUGCAAAAAUACUCAACACGAAAUCGGUAGACAGCGAUGGCCAGAGUGCCACAGCUGCUCUCGAUGGUAACGAGCGUCAUGUUGCAAAUGUUAUAGAGAUUUCACUGGGCAGAGAUACAAAGUCCAUUGCCCAUGGACUUUUCUCUGCACUCCGCGAGCUAGACCAGAGGGCCGUGGACAUUAUAUUUGUGGAAGGCAUCGAAGACGAGGGGGACAUUGCUGCAGCAGUCAUGAACAGACUGCGUAAAGCUGCCACAGUCAUAGAGAAAUAAUAGUAUCACGUUUCCCAAGUCCGUCUCGAGCUCGUCGCAAUGAUGCAUCCAUUGACUUAAACAGACCCCUUUUGCAGGGAAUCCUAUGCCCAGAUUUAAAAAAACUCCCUCUACGCCC